GUGAAGUUGUAUCGAUAGUGUACUGCGUUACUUCUCACUUCUCCCUCAUUCUUUCUGCGUUUCACACAGCAAUUUUUACCAUGACACGUAGUGGUAGAUUGAGGCACGAUACGGUCAUCCGGUGAGUGCAGUGUGUCGGCGUCUCGCGAAGUUAUUCUACUUGAAUGAAUAAGGAAUAGCAGUUCGACUGAAGUUUUGCUCGAGUUCAUCGCCGGUGUCGCGUAUAACACUCACAAUUGGUGACUGUCAUUCAUAAAUUUUGGGGAAAAUUUACGCUAGUGUGGAAUGUCGCAACGUGAGAGUUUAACGAUAAAUAUUACGAGAAUUUUAUAAAAUUUAAACAACAUUGGAGCCAAUCAUGCCUGCCCUGUUUCUGGCACGUUUGCCAGUACCUAAUUUUCGGAUUUACACGACUCUCAGCAUUGCAAUCCUCUCGUGCUCGGUCUACUAUGCAGCACAAAUUGUGAAAGACCCAGCAUGGAGGACCAAUCACACGAGUAUUGUUGUGAGGGAUGAAAAUUCAACGGAUAGCACCAGCCCCACUGAUUCGAGAUCGUCUGGCAUGCAUUUGAAGGAACUACUCGCCUGCAUGAUUCAGGAGCCCAUUUGCUUUUGGCCGUUGAUGAAUAUGGCGUACUGCGCCCUUAUACUCCUGGGGAAGACCAUUCAGAAACUGGUGUUUGGUGAGCUCCGAGCCUCGGAGAGACAACACCUCAAGGAUAAAUUUGGCAAUUUUAUUUUCUACAAAUUUAUAUUUGUCUUCGGAGUACUCAAUGUACAAUACGCUGAUGAGGUUGUGCUGUGGUGGGCCUGGUUCACUGCACUCGGUUUUCUCGGUCUCCUGAGUCAGCUGUCCAAGGAUCGAUUCGUAUACCUAUCAUUUUCACCUACGACACCAGGCUGGAGUCAUGCACGCCUGCUGGGUCUACUCGGUGCAAUCCUGGCGCUGUCCUUGUUCAUGUUACUACUAUCGACUGCGGCAGCCUUCUUUUUCGUGUCCUUCAACACAUAUGCGUUUAUGGCGGCCGAGUGCAUAUUACUGGCAGUUAGAACAAUUCAUGUGAUGCUGAGAUAUGCUAUACACCUUUAUGACACGAGAUCGUCACCCCGUUCGUCAGACAAACGUGGUCCUCUUGCCUAUUACACGGAACUCGUGUGUGAAUUGACGGUACUUGCUGUUGACUUUCUUCAUCACAUUCAUAUGCUUCUCUGGAGUAAUAUUCUACUGAGUAUGGCAUCUCUAGUUAUAUGCAUGCAGUUGAGGUACCUCUUCCACGAGAUUCAACGCAGAAUAACGAAACACAGGAAUUAUCUGGCUGUAUUAAGUCACAUGGAACAAAAUUACCCAAUGGCACUGCCCGAAGAGUUGGCUGAGAAUUCCGACAACUGUGCAAUAUGCUGGGAAAAAAUGGAAUCAGCGAGAAAAUUACCCUGCAGCCAUCUGUUUCAUAAUUCUUGCUUGCAAUCUUGGCUUGAGCAGGACACCUCUUGUCCAACAUGCAGACUAGUGCUAAGUAUGCAGGCUAAUCGUCGUGACAAUGGAACUGAGUUGAGACCCGAGUUACCAGAAUCACAAACGUCUGUCGGUAGAAACGACAAUCAUUUCUUUCAUUUCGAUGGAUCGAGAUAUGUCUCUUGGUUGCCGAGUUUCUCAGUGGAAGUCACGCAUAAUAGACUGAGGGGUGAUAUUCUGACAUUGGCACACAGCAAUUCACAGUUGGAUGCUAUGGCUAGACACGUUCAACAAUUGUUCCCACAUUACCCAAGAAAUGUGGUACUUGAGGACUUGAGAGUGACGAGAUCCGUUGAAUUGACUGUAGAGAAUAUUUUAGAUGGACGUUUGUUAUUACCUCAUCAUGUUCUGGGUGAACUGGAAACCGAGCCAGUAGCCCAGACUCCACAAGUGACGAAUCACAUAUUGCCCACUUCAUUGCCUCAAAAACUGUGGGAUCCUCAGAUUGACAUACCAGUUGCUGACAGCAGUGAAGAAUCAUCGACAAUUGGUGGUCGUUUUUCAAAAUGUUCGACAGAGCGCGAACGCAUUUUGCGGCGUCGUAAGGACCACAUGCUAAUGACAGCACGACGAAAGUACGUGGAGAAGCAGAGGAAAGUUGAUAUUGAGAAGAAAGCAUCAAAUGCCCAUGAUCUGAGGUCUUAAGACAAUUUGAGCAACAAUUUUAAUGCUAAACAUGAAGAAAAAUCACUGACUAUUUUGAACAUAAGCUUAACAGCUUUUUCGUGGACUCAAUGGUCUCCGCUGAUAUUUUUUGGAAUGAUAAAAUCGGUUGAAUGCGUGAGUAAAUUCAGAGUUGCAUGUUGUUUCUCUUUGACGAGUGAUGUUUGUUCAAUUUUUUUUUGUUCUAUUUCCUGUUUCUUAAUUACACAUUUACCAAGACUAGAGAGAAAUAGGAGGGAAAAAUAGAUGAAUCGUAGAGAUAAACCUGACAUACGCUUCGUUGGGACAUCGAGGCAUAUCUGGAUUCAAGUGUCCUACGACAACAGUUGUAAUGUUUUUCUGAGAUUAAAAAUAAUGUCUCUGGUACAUCGACGAUGAAACGACGGAACAAAUUGAUAAUAGAAUCAGAUUAUCGUUCGUCGAUAGGAUGAGAAUGGAGGAGGCUGUGUUUUUACGCAAUGUUAUACUUAAAAGCAAAUUUGAAAUUUGUAAAACCAGUGCAAAGUCCCCCAAUGGACUGCUAGAAUAUACUAUUCCCUUUUUAACAGGAAACAAAAAUGUGAAUGCAAAUGAGCUGUUCAGCGUAAGUGAAAAUUUUAAAAAACUAUGCAAGUCCGAAUGAGGACGUCCAAUCCUGUGAAGAGACACUGGAUCAACAAUCACACUAGAACUCACUGAUUUCAAAUGUUUGAUAUGCUUCACAAAAGCUCAGAAUGUAACAUUGAAUUCCUAGGUCCGAUUUGACAAUAACACCGACUGGCAAUUUGCAUAAUUGCACGAAAAAAAUGAUUUUUUUUUCUGCAAUAUAGACUACACCUAGUUUAAAUAGUUUUCAUACAUAAAAACCGUUCCAUUAUCAUGUGCCAAGAUCCAAUGAAAAUUGAUCCUCUCUUAUUGCAGUGUACAAUGACUCGCACUUGAUGAGAGGACCAUCCUUACACGAUAUGAGUGUUGCUAGAUAAAGUCGGUGUUUUUAAUUGUAAUCAUCUCUAUUAUUCAUUAAAAAAAAUACUCUCAUAAUUAUCUUGAUCUUAGGGUGGCUAUUUACGCAUUAGUUAUCCAUUUUUCAAGUGAAUUUAUCGCUCGUCUUCAGGACACAGCUGAGAAUACUGUUGACAAAGAAUUUUUUUUCAUCUUUCAAUGGAAUUUUUGAGGAGAUUUAGGCUCUGCAUCCAGGCAACUGUACUUUAACCGCAGCAAAAACCAUAAUUGAUGAUUGAACUAUGAAAAUUUUGUCAGUGUUGGAGUUAAAAAAAAAUUCUGAUGAAUGGGAAAACUAAGUAUUACCGCAUCUACUGGUUUGAUAUUUAUUUUAGUGAGAAAUGCGAGAGCUCAGGAUGCAAUAUGAGAUAUUUACAACGUUUGCUCGGGCUUUCAGCUUUUUCCUAGAUUGCUUUAUGUGAUAUAAUCCAAGUUUGCAUACACGUCAAUGCACAUUAAAUUAAACCUUUAAAGAAAUAAAAGAAAUGAAAAUAAUAAAAACCUAAAGAACGAGGAGGCUCGUCUGCUAAGUAAAUGUUGAACAUAAUUUUGCCUUUGAAAAAUGAUUAUUUUUCAAUAAGUGAACUUUUAUCGAGGCAUUAUCACCGCAAAAGAUAUGAGUACUCGUGAAUAAUUGAAGGAAACAAGUGAGUGAAAUGAUGUUAGAAUUAUGGUAAGAGUGUUGAGUGGUGCUAGUUAUUGAUCAAUCAUCCAAACGUAUUUCUUUGGUAUUUUGAAGUUUCUGAUGUGAGGGACGUGAUUUCUCAUUUUAAUUCAACUUAUGCUUAUUAAUUUCACUCCUGGCCUCUCCUGGAUAUUUCCUUGCUCUUGUGAUCAAUAACUAGUACAAACUCGGUGAAAUUUAUGUUAAAGUAGAUUAUCCUUUCAUCUUUUGUUUAGUGAAAAAUGUUUCGCAUAAUUUUAAUUAUAGUAUUAAUUGAAAAUAUUUAUUUCUUAGGAUUAUCAAGUGACCAUAAGGGUAUAAGAUUAAUAUUUGUAUAAACCUUAUGAUGUGUAUGACAAUGAGGCGUGUGUUUAUCCUAGCAUUUUCCACGGUCACUAUUGCGUGUGUCAUACUUACAAAUAUGUUUAUUCUCCUGAAGAUAGUUCUACAGGUAUCUCCUCCAAUUAUUGUUCUUUUUUAUUAUUUUUGCGUUACGAAGUUGGACAAUAAUUUUUUUUUCAUCAUUUCGUUCAGUUUUUACCGGUUUGUUCUAUAAGUUUAAUUAGCCCACAUAUAAAACAUGUAAAACGAAAAUGACUGGUUAAAAUAAAAAGUAAGAAAGUGCUCUGUUCACUGUAAAUUUAAUAAAGAAAACACAGCAGUCAAAUGAUAAUGUA